UAAAUGUUCAUAGAUAGAGCUUUGUGGCCUCGUGGGCAGAUAGAUAGGAGUAUCCCCUGAUUGCACUUUGGGAUAAGACCACUAUGAGGAAAUUUGCGCUUUUCAUCGACCGUAAAGGAGGUUAUAAGACUACUGAGAUGUUACCUUUACCACCACCCAAUACCAAGAAAGCUCCCAUUGUUAUGCCCUCUAAAGGUGUUCGAGAAGCUCCCACUGCUAUGCAUUCUAAAAGAGUUCGAGAAGCUCCCACUGUUAUGCCUUCCAAAGGAGUUCGAGAAGCACCUAGGGCCCCCAGUGUCCUUAGUCACCCCAGCAGGCCCAUAAUUAAUGAUAAUAAUGUCAUUCAGAGUAAGAUUUUGGACCGUAUGGACCGGAUGGAGCAACGAAUGGGUAAGGUAUCAAGUAUCGUGGAAGUACUACCAAGACAAGUUCAUGAUGUAAUUGACAAAGAGAUGAGGACUAUCAAGAGGGUCAUAAUCAAUGAUCUUUGGAGGGUUGAAGCUUCAAAGCGUACAAUGGACCCCUUUUUUACUAGAGUUGACACUCCUCAACCUACCCAGCCAGCGAGUGACUCCAAAAAAUCCCCGGUGGCAGGAAACCAAGACCAAAAUGAACAAGAAAUGGAUGAUGAUGUUGUCGUUGCAGAUAGGUCUUUGAUCCUGUGGAAGACAUUGUUAUCUGCCAAAAUUGAGAAGGAGGGAUAAGGGAUUCAAAAUGAACAAUCUGAACCUGUGGAACCCAAGGCUUGCACCCUACUUCUGGAAGAGAAGGCCUGGAAGAAAUAUCAUUCCAGCAAAGGGAGGGUGGUGUGUGCAUUUGACCUAAAAAGUGAGGUUGAUGAGGAGAUUUUUACAAUGGUCCAAUAUAUUUUAACUAAUAGUCUUCAGAAAAAGGAAAUCUUAUUCUCCAGCAGCAUAACAAAACUGUCGAGAUCACAACUGAGCCUGUUCAGACUUAAUACAGAAAUUGAUGGGAAUAUUAUUACAUGUUAUGCCCAGUUGUUGACGAGCAAGGAGAGAAUCAGUGACAGAACCUACGGGUUUUUGCCCACUAUAGUUUCGCAACAACGGCUUCGAAAAAUGUUGAUAAAGAAUGUUGCAAACUAUGAACAAUGGAGAGAACGUCACUUCUUCAGCGAUCUCAAAGUUUGCGAGCAUCUAGCAAGCCUUGAGAGGGUUUUGGAAGUUGAUUUGAACAUUGCGUCUGGAGGUGAAGUGAUUUUAAGUGAGUUCAGAGUUUCUCAUAGAGAAAAAUCCCUCAAACAAGACAAUGGAACAGACUGCGGGAUAUAUGUCAUGAAGCAUAUGCAGCAUUUGACCAAGAAAACAACAAGUCUUGUGGAGAAGUUUGAUUCUCAUAUUGCAAGGAUAGAGUUGGCCCUCGAAAUUGUUCUAAGCGAGUCAAACAAGAUUUGGGAAGAAGUUAAGAGUAAAAUACAAGCUUUCUAUCAUGAGUACACAAACUCUAACCCCAAGGGAUCAAGAGAAGAUACUCCAAUCAAGCUCGCAUUUGUGAGGAGUCCUACAAAAUCCCCAAAGGACCAGAAGUACUCCACUAAGAAACAAAAGGCAAAACUUUUUCAGUUUGAUUAUUGUUUCUAAUUAUGUGGACUAGUGUACUGAUAGGAACUUGAGCAGUUUCAUGAAUUAUUACCAUAUUAUAUUUUAAUUAGGCUGGAAAGUUUUGAUAACAGGCUGUGAAUCACAUGCCUAGAAAAAUCCUGCCACCGUAGUACAUUGGGGUGAACUAUAUGCAUUUUGAUGGACCUUUUGUAAGAUUGUUCCAAGUGAACAAAUAUACAUGGCAGACUAUGUUUAUAGUUUAAUGGAUGUGUGUCAUUCUGCUUAAUUAUUAUUGAAUAUGCAGUGUUUUUUGGGUAA